AUGGAUCGUCUCUUUAAACGAAAAAAGCACUCCGACCCAAACAGCAACCAUAAUCGAAGCUCACCAAACUCCAACAAGAGCAAGAGCAACAGCAAGAGCAACAACAACAGCAACAGCAGCCACCACAACAUCAACAACAACCCAUUGAGAAGAGGGAGCAGCAGGAGACGACAUCGAUUCAGUGACAUACCUUCUCAUCGCACUUCGCUUGCUUCAUCAGAGAGUAAUUCUAUCAACUCAAGUCCAUCCGUAUUGAAAAUGCCACUGAAAACCAGAGCUUCUCGAAGGGUGUCAUCUCCUACUAGACCAUAUAACGAAAUAAUGGGGCUGCCUGUGGUACCAAGACCAACAUCGCCAUCAUUCCGACCUCAGCAAGCCCCGCGAGCUCAGCAAGUGCAACAGCCGCAGCAGCCAAGAUCACCGAUUCCACCCCAGAUAAUUGCACCAGUUGACCAUGAAAAUGGUACCAGUUUGCCAAGAGACUACGGAGAAAACGUGGUAGGAGCUAGCCAAGAUCCAGCAAUUGCAGUCAAUGUUGUUCGACAAGAGUCAGUUUCAGGAACUUCUGGGUAUAAGGAUCACCAUCUACAAGCACCAUCGCAUCGAGAUACUCUGAACUCAGUUGACUCAUCUUUACACAAUGCAAGUCCGUCGAAGUCGUCGACAUCAGACUCACGCACAAAGGGAGAAUCGGGAGGAUUCUUAUCGUCUCUUCUUGCAGCUGCUAGUAGCAAGAUGUCGAACUUGCAGGAUUCAGAAGAGAAGGACAAAAAGAAGGAUCAUCUGUUUGCAAUAAGAUUGGACAAUUUUGUCAAAUCGGUGAAACAUGAAGAGGAAAAUUUACUAUCGCCCCAUCACCACCAGCUGGACAGCGCGUCGUCUAUGGCUGCAUCUCAUAGUGCUGGCACUCAACGCGUUUCAACUGAUGGUGACCACGAUGCAGCACAAUCAGUACAAUUUGAAUCAGUUCGUGAUUCACCCUUAAAUUCAUUGGGCAACGGUGACCUUUCCCUAGCUGAUUUUGAAAACAAUCCAAUUCAAAAUCUGAAAUCGAUAACGUCUCAAUUUUCAAAUAAUGCAAAUGGAGGAGUGAAGCGUCCUAUUAGUCCGGACCAGCUUAAUCGAACCCUUCCCGUUGCAAAUCAGUUACAAGCAACAUCAAAUGGGUCAGAUGUUAAGCGUGUACAAAGAACAACAACCAAUGGAGGACUGGUACCAGCAACUGAAAGACUGCAUUCAAUAGGAAGAACUUCGGGAGGACAAUCGAACUUGGCUAGUCCCAAUGGUACUGUAAAUGAAUCUCAAGGGCCAUCAAGAACAAUGGACCAAGAUCGAUUAGUUUAUGAGUCAGGGUCUGAGACUGAAGAGCUAGAUAAUGUGAUUGAUUAUGAUAUCAAAAUUGAGCAUGCAUCAAAAAAGCGAAAUAAAGAGUUUCAUCAUGCUUUCAAGAAGCUUCCCAAAAAUGAAAAACUAAUUGAUGACUUUAGCUGUGCGCUUUCAAAGGAUAUUCUAGUACAAGGAAAGAUGUAUCUUAGUGAUCACUUUGUGUGUUUCAAUUCAAAUAUUCUUGGUUGGGUUAAGCAUAUAAUCGUCCCUUUGCAAGAGGUGAUUCAAAUUGAAAAGAAAACGACAGCAGGCUUGUUUCCCAAUGGUAUGGUUAUCAAAACAUUACAUCAAAAGUACACUUUUGCCAGUAUAAUUGGCCGUGAUUCGGCAUUCAAGUUAAUCACGAAUGUUUGGCAUCGUUUAUUGUUGGAAAAGUCAAACAUUGAUCCAAAACAGUUGAGCAAGAGAGCACAAAGGAAUAGCAAUGACCAAUCUGACGUAGAGGACGGAAACUCAUCCGAUGAUGAACAUCUGGAUGGAACUGAUGAUACUGAUGGCGAUGACGAUGACGAUGAAGACACAUCACUAGAUGAAGAUGGUGGUGAGGGAGACACUGAAGGUAAGAAAGGAGACCCAUCGAAAUCUGACGACGGCAAUGCGGCGAAUGCUGGAGGAGGAGGAGGAGGAGGUGGUGGUGGUGGUGGAGAAGAUUCAGCUGACUCUAGUGGCGGGUUCAAUGGGUUUCCAAUUGUUGGACCCGCCACGCACGCACCUACCGACACUGGUUAUAGUAAAUCUUCAGACGAGACAUUCAUUGCUGAAGAGGUUGUCAAAGCACCACCUGGUGUGGUUUAUUUACUUCUAUUUGGAUCUGAUACCUCAUAUUUUGUACGAGUUCUCAAGGAUCAAAAAAAUUUUGACAUUGAUGAGUCGGGUCUUCAUGGGUUGACUAAUAAUGACAAGAACCGUCAUUAUACAUACACUAAACAAUUGGGUGGGCCGAUUGGACCCAAGCAAACCAAAUGCAUAUUGGAUGACGAUUUAAUUGAAUAUAAUCCGGAAAAGUAUUACGAAGUUGUCCAAACUACACAAACUCCUGAUGUACCCAGUGGAAACUCAUUUAAAGUGAAGACCAAGAUUUUCCUUAGUUGGGCACAAAACAAUCAAACAAAGAUUUGGGUUGCGUCAUCUAUUGAAUGGAGUGGUAAAUCAUGGAUCAAAGGGGCUAUUGAGAAGGGAACGAUUGAUGGACAAAAGGAUAGUAUGAAGGACAUGAUUGAGACCUUGAAUACGAUUCUUUCUGAGGGAGGCAGUAAGAAUGGAGGUGGUGCUGGUGCUGGUGCUGCUGCAAAGAAGAAAUCGAAUAGAAGUAGACGCAAUACGGAAAAGAGAGAGAAGCCGGAGGAGAAGCCAGUUGAACAGCCGAAAACAGUUCUUGAGCAAGUUAAUGCGUUGGCCAAGUCCAUUGGGGAUCUGGUUCCGAUUUCCAUAAUGGACAGCACUAUAAUGGGAUUCAUAAUUAUGUUUUUAGCUUUCAUUGUGGCUCAUCUCAUCACCAAUAAGUUUGUGUCGUUGUUCUCGUCCGGCAGUGGAAGUAAAGAGGCAAUGAGAGCCAAAGUGUAUUGUGAUGCAGAGAGGCAAGUUUGGCAAUGGAUCGUUUCGCGAAGUGAUCUGAAGUUGGGUGAAAUGGGUACCUUGAAUUGCAGCUCGAUUUUCAGAGCACUUAACCUCCUUGAUACCCUGCCUAGUUACGGAAAGAAAGCAGUUCUGACGCUUGAUAAACAGAUUGAGUUUCGACCGAGCUCCUACCAAUUCUUGCUAAACUACUGGUUAUAUUAUGUCUUGCUUCAUAUCAUUGCGUCGGUUGUGUUUAAUGACUGGGCAUUGGUACACCUCGGCGCAAACUUGCUCCGGUGUUGGUUGUUUUAUGGUGGGCGUAAGAAUAGCAAUGUUGUGUUGGUGAACCGUGUGUUAUUGAACAAAUAUGGUGCAAGAGUCAAGCUGGCUGAGAUGAUGAUUCUGUCGUUUUUAGCAAGAGUGGUUCCUCAAUUGGGUGAUUUGAAUUUGCAAGUGCAUAACAUGGGCAUCAAGUAUGAACAACCCGUUGAGGAAGAUAUUUCAAUUGACGGGGAUGCGGUGAUGGAGCACUCUUGGAAUUUGUUGAGGGUUUGCCAAUCAGUUUUCAUUGCGGCAGCGACGUCAUUGGAUUUGAAAACAUUAAGGACAACAACCGAUGCAGCUACGCCACCAAAGAAACUUCACAAGUUGCGCAACGUCAAAUCUCAUACAUCCUUGACAUCAAAACAUGGACCCCAUUCUGAUUUGAAGAAAUUAACACCAGAGGGGCAUUCUUCACUAGGGUACCUCAACAAGUUUUUUGCACCCAAUGUCCAUUCUCCACCGUCUCCAAAAUUGACUUUAGUUCAGCAAAAUAUCAGAAACGCAAGCUCACCUGCUGCUAAUUCCACUUUGGUGAAUAACUCACCCAAUGGCUGCGUAGAUGACGGAAAUGGUCGUGGAAAUGGACAUUUUAGUAAAGUGAAGAGAAGAUCCAAGUCUGGAAGUGAGUAUGAUUUUGGUUUUGUUAAUACUGGACCUAGACAAUGGCAAUUGCAGAACUUGAGGGAGAACGAGCGACAAUUUCAAGAGCAAAUGCUACAGCAUCAACGGAAUAAUCAACAACAACUUCAUAAACAGCUGCAGGACUCAAGCUAUUUACAAUUCAAAGAGGCGAAGGAGAGGGAGAAUGGAAGCGUUAAGCAGCGAAAUCGAGGCGGCCAAUUUGCGACUGGACAGUCCUUCCAGCAACAGCCACAGGGUCAAACGCAACGGCAAGGUUUGGAUGAAUCUAACCAAACUAGCUAUACAAGCCAAGUUGCAGGAUAUGGUGGCGGCUACAUUCCAUCUACAGAUUAUCGCAAGAUGACUCCUAGAGGUGACGAUGGACUUAGAGUUAGUUCGCGUGGAUUGAGACAUGUACAGGAUGAGGUGAGGCAUAAUGGUGGUGGACAAAGCUGUGGACCAGGCAGAUAUGACGAGCUUCCAGCAGUGCCUACUCCAUCUAUGGUGAUUAAAUGA